AUGUGCAGGACCGGCGGCCAGGUGUGCGAGACGCGGGCCGCCGACGCCAUCUUCUGCGAGCUGCUGGGCCGGUCCCACCCCGCCCUGGCGCAGGAGCACUGCGCCGCCGCGCCGCUGGCGCAGCGGCCGACGGCGGCGGCGCCGCCGCCGCCGACAGCGGCGCCUGCGGCGCCAGCGGGACCGGCGGCGGCGGCGGCGCGGUCGGCGCCAGUGCUGCAGGGCGCGCUGCUGGACCUAAAGAGGCGCGUGACGUCCAGCAAGGAGUUCCAGGAGCAGACGGCCAACCUCGCGAACACGAUGGGCUGCGGCUUCGUGAAGAAGGCGGAGUCCUGCAGCGGCUACGUGAGCGACCUGCUCUUCUGCCUGCAGUUUGCCGGUCAACUGGCCGACUUCCAGGACGGCGGCGGCGACCAGGGCAUGCCCGGCGCGAGGGAGGAGCAGCACUACUGCAGCAGCAUCGACCAGAGCCUGCCCGCCCUGUCCAUGGUCCAGCCCCGCGGGCGCAAGCAUGCACGCAAGUACAAUACUUGCUUCGCGCUGCUGCUGGAGAUGACACAUGACCUCGAGAUGAAUUUCAACAAGAUCGCGCCUUUCGGCAAGGAGGACACCGCGAAGGAGCUCCAGGACCACGCCGCGAAGACGCAGGACACGCUCGUGGACGCGGUGGAGAACGCGGAGGUCGCGGAGAUCAAGCGGGCCGUGUUCCGCGCGCUGACCCGGCUGCGCGCCGCCACGAUCAAGGAGCCACACCAAGGCCUCGAGACGCAGGCGAUCGACGCCUACAACGACGCUCACCACUACAGGGCGGAGAACCCACUGGCGCACCUGCACGAGGACGAGGCCCCUGUGGAGACCGACAAGCUCAAGUCGUUCCACUGA